AUGGAUUUCCCCCAGCACAGCAAGCAAGUCCUGGAACAGCUGAACCAGCAGCGGCAGCUGGGUUUGCUGUGCGACUGCACCUUCGUGGUGGACGGCAUCGACUUCAAGGCCCACAAAGCCGUGCUGGCGGCCUGCAGCGAGUAUUUCAGGAUGCUCUUCGUCGACCAGAAGGACGUGGUGCACCUCGACAUCAGCAACGCGGCAGGCCUGGGCCAGGUUUUGGAGUUCAUGUACACGGCUAAGCUAAGCCUAAACCCUGACAACGUGGAAGACGUGCUGGCCGUGGCGGGUUUCCUCCAAAUGCAGGAGAUCGUUAGCGCUUGCAAUGCUCUCAAGUCCCUUACUGUGCCGGCAGAAAGCCCCGCCAAGAGCCAGCAGCCCCCCACCGAGAUCGGGGCAGAUGUUGCCAUCCAAGAGGGCCCCAACGCCGAAUUUCCUAGCCACCCGCAGCCGGCAGAGAGCGUGGUCAGCAGCAGCAGCCCCGUGGCGAAGGGCAACAUCUCUCUGGGCACCGAAACGGGAGAGAUGGAGCUGGAAGGGAAGGAGGAAGAGGGGGAGAUGACAGCAGAGGAUGAAGAGGAGGCUAAAAUCCCCGAGGAAGAGCAGCCCCGGUUAGAAAACGGAGAAAACGCUGAAGAUAACGAAUCGGGAAGCACCGACUCCGGGCAGGAGAACUCGGGUGAAACCCGUCUGCUGCGUUCGAGUACUUACAGCGACAGGACCGAGUCGAAAGCCUACGGCUCCGUCACGCACAAGUGCGAGGACUGCGGGAAGGAGUUCACCCACACCGGUAAUUUCAAGCGGCACAUCCGUAUCCACACCGGCGAGAAACCCUUCUCCUGCAGGGAGUGUAACAAAGCCUUCUCCGACCCGGCUGCGUGCAAAGCCCACGAGAAGACGCACAGCCCGUUGAAGCCCUACGGCGGCAACCCCUUACCCACCUCCGGCAACCUCAAACGGCCCCAGCUGGUCCACAGCGGGGAGAAACCGUACCAGUGCGACUACUGCGGGCGCUCCUUCUCCGACCCCACCUCUAAAAUGCGGCACCUGGAGACCCACGACACCGACAAGGAACACAAGUGUCCCCACUGCGACAAGAAAUUCAACCAGGUGGGAAACUUGAAGGCUCACUUGAAGAUUCACAUCGCCGACGGGCCCCUGAAGUGUCGGGAGUGCGGCAAACAGUUCACCACUUCAGGUAGCACGGGGUUG